AUGGCGUCCCUCGUGACGCGCAAGGGACUCGACGUGUCGGCUCUCGACGCGCGCCAGUACGAGACGUUUACACUGGCGAAUGCGCUGCAAGUGCUGGUGGUCUCGGACCCCGUGACGGAGAAAUCAGCAGCGGCGAUGGACGUGCACGUCGGGCAUCAGAGCGACCCCAGUCACUUGCCCGGACUUGCCCAUUUUGUCGAACAUAUGCUCUUUUUGGGCACGCACAAGUACCCAAAUGAAAACAGCUACAAACGAUUUCUAAGUGCCCAUAGUGGGCGCAGCAAUGCGUCGACGUCCCAGACGUCGACGAAUUUCUACUUCGACGUGCUGAGCGAGCACUUGUACGAAGGAUUGGACCGAUUCGCGCAGUUUUUCAUUGCCCCGUUGUUCACCAGCUCAGCAACGGAACGGGAAAUACAUGCCGUGAAUUCCGAGAAUGCCAAGAAUUUGCAAAAUGAUCAUCGACGACUCUAUCAGCUGCAGAAGUCGCUGUCGAAUCCACUGCAUCCGUUCCACAAAUUCGGUACGGGCAAUAUCGAGACGCUCGGGACGAUCCCGAGAGCGCAAGGCGUAGACGUCCGUGCGGCUUUGCUCGAGUUCCACGCCACCUACUACUCUGCAAGCAUCAUGAAGCUCGUGAUUUGUGGCAAAGAGAGCAUUGCAACGCUGAAAAUCUGGGCUGAGGAGCUGUUUUCUGAUAUUCAGAAUUCGGGACGAGCGCGUCCGACUUUUGGCGAUGUUGUGCCGUUCGACGAGACGAGACUGGCGCGUGUGGUGCAAGUAGCACCAGUGAAAGACCUUCGUGUGAUUGAUGUCUCGUGGCCUUUGCCAUCGCUGCAUUGGGAUUUUCGGACAAAACCGACAAGGAUCUUGUCGCAUUUGAUCGGGCAUGAAGGACCAGGAUCGAUCUUGAGCUACUUGAAAACGCAAAAAUGGGCCAACGGGCUGUCAGCAGGGCUUUUCCGUGAUCAUGAGGAUUGGGCACUGUUUAGUGUGAAGAUUGAGGCGACGGAUGCAGGCAUCAAACAUGUGAAUGAUGUCGUGGAAGCAGUGUUCCAGUAUAUACAGACUCUCCAGCAAGAGGCUCCGUUUGCGCCAUGGAUUUUCCAAGAGACGCAAAACUUGGCGUUGCAGAAUUUCCGCUUCAAGAGCAAGGAGAACCCCAUCACUUACACGAGCCGCCUGGCAAAUGUGAUGCACCGCUAUCCCGCCAAGUAUAUUCUUUCGGGCAGCUACGUCUUGUAUGAGUGCGAUGGCAAGAAGGUCCAGCAGAUCUUGGAUCUACUUACUGCGCAUCGCAUGCGCCUAACGGUGGUCAGCAAAACGUUCGAAGGCAAAACGAAGAGUGUGGAGAAGUGGUACCAGACCUGUUAUUCAGAAAGCGCACUUGAUGCUGAGCUUCUUCAGCGUUGGGCAUCGCCUGCUCUGAAUACAGCACUGAAACUCCCCCAUCGUAACGAGUUCAUCUGUAGCGACUUCAGCAUCGUGACGCCUGCUCGCAAAGUGUCCGCGUUGAUGGGCAAGCAGGACACGGGCGCAUCUCCACCGAUGCUGCUGCAGCAGGAUGAACAGUGUCGCUUAUGGUACAAGCCGGACAUACUGUUUCGCAAACCAAAGUUAAUGCUGCACUUCUUGCUGUACUCGUCGUCACUGUCCACUAGCCCGUACCAUGCAGUGCUGACGAGCUUGUUUGUGCGCUACCUGAAAGACAAGCUUACGGAAGUGUCCUAUGAUGCAGAGCUUGCUGGUAUGGAGUAUGAGAUUGGCUUCAAUUCUCGCUCGCUUGAAUUGCACGUUGGUGGAUAUUCGCACAAGCUCCCAAGUUUGCUGUGCAAAGUGUUCCAGCAGAUGCUGGAAAUGACCAAGGCUGACUAUGAGUACGAAAGCGCAGUCUUUGAGCGCGUGAAAGACCGUACAAAACGGAUGUACGAGAACUGUUUUCUCGAGGAGCCCUAUCAGCACGCCGUGCACGUGUGCAGUCAGCUGUUGGAAACCUCAAGAUGGAGUGUAGAAGACAAGAUUCGAGCUAUUGGACAUCUAUCCCUGUCUGACCUAGCAGCUCACAGCCGACUCAUUUUCCAGCAGGUGUUCGUGGAAGGCUUCUUCUAUGGCAAUCUCCAGCAGAGCGCAGCUCCACCUUUGAUGCAAAAAGUGCUGCAACACUUCGGUUUUGUCAACAAGGAAUACGUGAGUGGAGGCAGCUUUCCGCUGUUACGUAGCCAAACCACAAAGCCACGAAUCGUGCGUCUGGAGGAUGCCACCGAGUACGUCUUCCAGCGACGUGAAUGGAACAAAGCUAACCUCAACUCUGCGAUCUGCACGCUAUACCAGUUAGAAUGUGAAACGGAAGCAAGCAAUAUGGCUCUUCGUGCGCGUCUCGAGCUGUUUGCGCACAUCUUCAAGGAGCCUUGCUUCAACCAGCUUCGCACACAGGAGCAGCUCGGAUACCUGGUGUUCUCAGGGAUCAUGCACAUGGAAGGCGUCGUCUACUUUCGCGUCUUGAUCCAGUCGGACGUGGCGUCGCCGCAACUAUUGGAUCAGCGUAUAGAGCUGUUUGUGGCACGCUUCCGAUCUGUAAUUGCUGAGAUGCCAGCCGACGUUUGGGUGAAACAGGUGAACGCCGUUGCCAAGGCUUUACUGGAAAAGCCGAAACAUGAGCUGGACGAAUCCAUGCGCGCUUGGCGUGAGAUUGCAAACGAAAUGUUUGUCUUUGACCGACGUCAGCGCAUGGCAGCAAUCGUGUCGACUCUGCAGCCGAGAGACCUUUUGGCAUUUUAUGACUCUUUCAUUGCCGGUAAAGGCGAACGACGAAGCAAGCUGAGCAUUCGCCUGUACGGCGCGAAGCACGCGUUCCCCGAGCUCAUCACUACUGAGCUUUUCAGUCCCAGUCUAUCAACUACCGCGUCGACGGGCUUGGCCGCAGCAAUGCUUUUCGAGCAGCAACUGGGCGUUGGCGCCAGAGGCCGCAGCGAUGUUGGGAACCCGCCCAAGCUGAUUGGUGACAUUGUCACCUUCAAACGACAGAUGUCGCUUUUCCCAGAGCGUGCCGCCAGUGACCCCGUCGCAGCCAGAUCAUAG